GUUCAGCGUCAGUAGCCCUAAGUCGUCCAACGAGAUUUGAUGCGUGUUACGUAGCGAGAUCCCCCCGUUCAAUUAACAUUCAUUCAGUUUGUCUUGAAGUGUACGCGGAGUUCGGCGAACUAUCCCGUUAGAGCCUGCGUAUUGGAAACCCCUUCUCGUAAAAACUCACGAAGUUCCGACGGUUUCGAUUUAAAAAAAAAUCAAUAUGCUCGCCAGGAAGGUGCAGCUCAUUUCUGGAAUUUGGCGGCGAAAUCGACUAUUUAUCAAUGGUAUGGAACAGGGAUGUAGUGUAACAUGGCAGAGAUCUCUCUCUGGGCCCCUACUUGGAGAACCGAAGAGGCCAGUACUGACUACGGAGUUACCUGGUCCUGAAUCAAAGCGUUUGUUGCAAGAAUUAAAUUCUAUGCAGCAAGCAGGGUCUGUAGAAUUGAUUGCCGACUACGAGCGAUCAAUAGGUAAUUACAUCGCUGACGUUGACGGGAACGUACUACUCGAUCUCUAUAUGCAGAUUUCUUCUGUACCCUUGGGAUACAAUCAUUCUGCUGUUCUCGACGCUCUCAAUAAUUCAACUAAUCAGAAAAUAAUAGCAAAUAGACCAGCGUUGGGUGUAUACCCAGGACGUGAGUGGCCUGGUAAACUAAAGAAUGUUCUUCUUAAAAAGGGGGUCGCUCCACCAGGACUAACUCAAAUUACCACGAUGAUGUGCGGCUCGUGCUCUAAUGAGAAUGCUUUCAAGAAUAUCUUCAUUUGGUUCGCUGAGAAAAAAAGACAAGGCGCUUCAUUUUCUAAAGAAGAAGUAGAGACUUGUGUCAUGAAUCAGCCUCCUGGAUCGCCACGAUUCUCCAUUUUGUCCUUCAAAGGUUCUUUCCAUGGCAGAACGCUGGGGUCGCUGUCGGCAACGCAUAGCAAGUAUAUUCACAAGAUAGAUAUACCGUCGUUUGAUUGGCCAAUCGCAUCAUUCCCGACUUACAAGUAUCCAUUGGAAGAGCACGUUCGGGAAAAUCACGAAGAGGACGAACGUUGUUUGGCUGAGGUUGAAGAUCUGAUUGCAAUGUCUGAAUCCAAAAACAAGAUACCAGUGGCUGGAGUCAUAAUAGAGCCCAUUCAAGCUGAAGGAGGCGAUAAUCAUGCGUCCCCAGAAUUUUUCCAAAAGUUGCGACAUAUAACAAAAAAGUACGGCGUAGCGCUACUGAUUGACGAAGUACAAACUGGUGGAGGUCCAACUGGGAAAAUGUGGUGCCAUGAACACUUCAAUUUAGACUCACCGCCAGAUCUCGUGUCCUUUAGUAAAAAGAUGCAAAUUGGAGGAUAUUAUCACAUAGAGGAGUUCAGGCCUAAACAACCCUACAGAGUGUUCAACACUUGGAUGGGAGAUCCAAGCAAAUUGAUUCUGUUAGAGUCAAUUCUUGACGUAAUAUUCAAGGAAGACUUACUGACAAGGGUGUCACGCGUGGGCAAUUAUACAUUGAAACAACUGAUUGAAUUUCAAAACGAAAUGCCACAUCUGCUAGAUUCAGCCAGGGGUCGGGGAACGUUCAUCGCCUUUAAUUGUGCAACAUCUGAUCUCCGCGAUAAGCUUAAAAACAAAUUAUGGGCUAAAGGUAUCCAAACAGGUGGAUGUGGCCCAAGAGCACUGCGACUACGACCAGCUUUUACAUUCACGGAAUAUCAUGCAGACAUUUUCUUAAGCGAACUACGGUCUGCCUUAAAAGCCUAAUUUACUGGAUUCAGUUCCGCAAUAAUUCCAAGUCUUCCAUAAAAAUAAGAUAAUUUUUACAAAACGAAAUGUAGUUCUUUAUAGGAUACAAUAAGUUAUAUGAAUAUUGUCUUCCAUGAAACAUCGAUUUAAACGAUGACCGUUCAAUUAUUAUUGUACAAUAAUGCCAAUUAACUUUUCUAUAGGAUUUACUAUGAGAGAUCUACGUUUCAUACGUGGACACUUUUAGUUUGGUGCCAUUAAAUAAUUGUGUAACGUG